GGAGGCGGGGCCGCGCUGGAGAGGGCGGGCCCGGGCCCAGGCCUGCUCUCGCUCCCCAUCGCGGGCGCUUCAGGGCGGCGGGCGGGCGGCGGCUUGGUCCGUGAGACCAUGCUUCAGGAAAGUGCACACGGUAAAUGGACAGUAUCUAGCAGCGAUGAAAGUGCCGAGGAAAAUUCUGAUAAUGAAAAACCAUGUACAUCUUCACUGUCGGAUGCUGCAUGUGGUAGAACAAGUGGACCACAAUAUCCGUGCUCUGAAGCUAGGAAAGUUGCUCACAAGAGAAAAGCUUCUCCCCUGAAGCUUACUGAUAAAAGUCUUUCUACAGAAACACCUCCAGUGGUAAAACAGCGACCAAGCCAAGAAGGCUCAGGUUGGUGUCUUUCUAGCAGUGAUGAAGAGCCUGAAGAUCAGCAAAAGCCUGCCCACAAAGAAACAGUGAAAGAAGAAAAAUACGAUGUGCCCAAAGAACAUCCUUUGCAUCUUUGCAAAGAUGACAAACUCUCAGAGAAUCUGAAAGAAGAGGAGUAUAACACAACACCCAGUGAAGCCCAAGAUACCUGGGAUUUGGUGACUGGAGGCAAUCCUUUUAGGUUUUUUCUCACUAAAGUCAGUGGAAUUGAACAGACCUAUAAUUCUGGAGCCCUGCACAUAAAAGAUAUUUUGUCUCCUCUUUUUGGAACUCUCAUAUCUUCUGCCCAGUUUAACUACUGUAUAGAUGUGGGAUGGCUUGUAAGACAGUACCCACAGGAAUUCAGGAAGAAGCCACUGCUGAUAGUUCACGGCGAGAAGAGAGAAUCCAAAGCUGAACUAAUGGCACAAGCACAGCCUUAUGAGAAUAUUAGCUUUUGUCAGGCUAAACUGGAUAUUGCAUUUGGAACUCACCAUACGAAAAUGAUGUUGUUGCUAUAUGAAGAAGGUCUUCGAGUUGUGAUACACACAUCCAAUCUUAUUGCUGAAGACUGGCACCAGAAAACUCAGGGAAUAUGGCUAAGCCCUUUAUAUCCAAGGCUACCUAACGGAGCAUCUGGUUCUGCUGGUGAAUCUGCAACUCAUUUUAAGUCGGACUUAAUAAGUUACUUGAAAGCUUACAAUUCUCCUGCACUCAAGGAAUGGAUAGAUCUGAUUCAAGAACAUGAUUUAUCAGAAACUAGAGUGUAUUUGCUUGGUUCUACUCCUGGACGAUAUCAAGGCAGUGAUAAAGAAAAGUGGGGUCAUCUUAGGCUCAGAAAGCUUUUGAAGGAGCAUACUUUGUCAAUACCAGCGCAGGAAUCCUGGCCUCUUGUGGGACAGUUCUCAAGCAUUGGUUCAAUGGGAACUGGUGGGUCCAAAUGGCUGUGCUCGGAGUUCCAGGAGAGCCUGGUGGCUGCAGGCAGCAGUGUGACGACUUUCCGUAGAUGUGAUGUCCCCAUUCAUUUGGUUUAUCCUACUGUGAACAAUGUGAGGCAAAGUCUAGAAGGCUAUCCUGCUGGUGGCUCACUUCCAUACAGUAUACAGACAGCGCAGAAACAGCUGUGGUUGCAUUCCUACUUUCACAAGUGGUCAGCAGAAGUCACAGGUCGAACUCAUGCUAUACCUCACAUUAAGACAUACAUGAGACUCUCUCCGGACUUCCAGAAGAUUGCAUGGUUCUUGGUGACAAGUGCCAAUCUAUCUAAAGCAGCUUGGGGAGCUCUGGAGAAAAAUGGCAGCCAACUGAUGAUCCGUUCUUAUGAACUUGGAGUUCUUUUCUUGCCUUCAGCAUUUGGAUUGGACAAAGGUUACUUUCAUGCAGGACAGAAAAAGCUUGCAGAACAGAAAGAUUCAGCAACAUAUUUUCCUGUACCUUAUGACCUGCCACCAGAACAGUAUGGAAGCAAAGAGUGGAAAGAGCUUCUAUAUUCUGAGAAGUGGGAGAGAGGGGACUGUGCGGUGCAAACUUGUUGCUCAUCUGAAGGUGUAAUGUUUGAAGAUGUGAGGGGUAAAUGUGAACCUUUCAGAGGUCAGGCAGUGUCAUUCUUAAGAUCAACCAUGGAUUUGGAAUAUUCCUUACACUGAUGCCCCUGAUACUCAUGGAAAUAUGUGGGUUCCGUCAUAAAUGUUUCCACUACUCUGUGAUGUUCCACUUGCUGACACUGAGCCUGCCAUGCUACUUGCAAAAUCUGCUUGUUUCUGUUCUGUAAGCUGUAAUGUCUAAUUGAAACAUUAAAAUGUUAAUAAGGGAGAGAUUCUUGGAGAAUCUAUAACCAUAUUAUUACAAGUGAACCUGCUUUUUUGAAAACCUUUUUAUAUGCUUUUUCUUUACUGUGGUUCCCAAUAUGGUUUUCAGGAUGAGAACUGUUCUCAGAGAGUCUCUCUGCAUUUUUAGUUGUAAUUAAAUUUAAAAUUACUGUUCUGUGAGACUGUCAGUUGACCCCAGUAGCUGGAAUAAAAGUUACUAUGUGUAAAAUACAAAUAAAAACAAAGGUAAUCUUGCUAAUA